CUGGUUCUUAGCAAUGGCUCCAGAUGCGUGUUUGUCAGCAGAAUGCCCCACUUUCACUUCCACCAGCAGCCUACAUAAUCAUCCAAAUAAUCUGUGUGCCAGACGCGCCUGAACCUCCGUUUGAAUCCCCACCUCUUUUUCGAGCACACCCCUAUAUGGCUGUGAUUGGCCAGAAGCAGAUGACCGACGUCCCUCAAGAAGGAAGACUGGUUCCGAAACUGUGUCUCCAAGCCGCACUGUAUCACCUGGAAGUGGGGGCAGGAAAAAAGCGCGGCACAGAGAGACUACCUGAAGGCUGUGCUGAUCAGCCCGGCUUCCUCUGUUGGUUCUGCUUUCCUCUUUAACCGGAGAUAGCGCGAGGACAGGAGAGCAGCGCGCGCUUUCGCUUCGGACGCACGAGCGGCGCGCGGCGGUGUUUAUCAUGAGUUGCCCGGACGUGAUGCGCCCGCUUUACAGCCAUUACGCACCUCACGCGCCUGGAGCCGCCGCGUUCGUCGGCAAUUUUCCGACUCCCACUCGUGUCAGCAGUCCAUCGUCUCGGCACAGGAACCUAAUGGACGCCUCUGGAUCAGAGGAGGUCCCAGUUUUAGGAGGGAACUCAGUGCCAGGGAGCCUGUCCUCAUCCGCGUACUCCUCGGGUGGACAGAAAGAGAAGCAGGUUGGGGAAGCUGAGUACCUGAGCUCUCGAUGCGUUCUUUUUACCUACUACCAAGGGGACAUCAGCAGUGUGGUGGAUGAGCACUUCUCCAGAGCUCUCAGCUCCUGCACAGGGAUGGAAGGCAAGAGGAGAGCCAGCCAGGCCAGCACAGAGCCAACAUCUCCAAACAGUCGGAGGAAUUUCCCUCCAUCCUUCUGGGACAGUAAUUACCCGUCACCUCCCAGUCGACCUCAUUGUGACCCAGCAGGGACCCCAGCCUACUCCGUGGACCCCUACGCCCAAGCUCUACACGCAGGUUUACCUCAUGCCCAUCCUCACGCACACCCCUCUGACUCCUGGGGCUACACCCAAGGUCAGGUGUAUGGACCCCCACGGUCCCUCCAUGAACUCUACUCUGCGCCGGGGCUGGAGGCGCACUAUAGUCCCCUGCUCAUGCCUGCUGUCAGGCCACCCCACCUGCCCCCCACCUUGCCAGGCCAUUAUGAGGUAGCGAAACUGGAACCUACACCCACGUGGCCUGGACUGCUACCACCAGGAGACAUGGCACUCGCCCUAAACAUGGACCCAGGGCUGCAGCCGCAUAAGAAAGGAAAGGAGCUCUACUGGUUUUAACGACCAUCUUGAUCAUCAACUCGUCCAAUUAAAGCUCUGGAGGGCUGAAGACCGACCCAUUGUAACUGAGCUCCUCUCUAUCAGACCCCUUCGGCCUUGCCAGGUUUAUCUGUGCACCAUGGAGAUAAAAAGAGGAUGGAAAGAGAACAGCAGAAAAAUGAGAAGGAUCCAGCUCUGUGCAUCUGUCUUUCGCUCUAAUCCUUUCAUUCUCUCUCUUUUUUUUAUCUCUCCUGUUUUUUUUUGUGUGGUGUAACAAAAAGCCCAUCCUGCUGCCAGCACAAUCACUUCACUUGAGAAACUUGAAUGAACAAUGGAGAUCCAGGAUGGAAAGAAAGAAAUGACAAACAUUGACAAAGAAUUAACAAGCAUGAAAAAAAUAAAGGUAAUAGCAAGUUAUUCAUGAUAUAUACAACAGCUCUGUGAUGGGAAUUUCAAAUUUUACUUUGUAUUAUAUCGUACAUGUGGGACAUGGAGAAAAUAUAAGUUGCCAAAAGGAUGUUUAUGGUUGUUUGUUUUUCUUAUUAAUUAAGUGUACUAUUUUGUUUUAAAUAUUAAAACGUAUUGACUGAAUUUGACUACAUUUGAAGGCCAGUGAUAUGUGGAAGUGUACUAUUCAGAAACCUUUCACAUUAAAGUAGCUUCAGUUGGGAAAUUAUGUAUAUAAAAUUUGUAUGUAUUUAUGUAUGUAUGUAUGUGGCAUUUUUCAUGUAUAAUUACUACAAAAACCCUGUCCAUGAAUUCACAUAUUUUAUUUAAUUUGUUUUCCUGUGAUAGCAAGUUAUUAUUUUUCAUUUGUCAUUAACACAAUAUUAAUUUUUCUAGAUCUUGAAAUAAUGAAAUUUGCUUUUUACAAGAUAACAUAAUUAAGACAAUGAAAAAAAAAGAUACUGAUAGUUAAUCAUACUUAAUAUCUCACUUAACAUUCAUAACACAAGCCUGUUUCUCCAUUUGUUAUGUUCUUUUAUGUUAGGUUUAUUCUAAAUUCAUCCUGAAUGCUACACAGACAGUUGUUUCAAGCAACAAUUUUGUUUAAGGCCUACACGCUUUAAUUUUUCAAGCAAUUAAAUUAAUUAUAUCAUUAGUUUCGGGGAAAAAAUCUGAAGGUUCAUUAUUCACUAUUUCGCUGUCCUGUGAUCUCAGAAAAGAAUGUGUUAUCUUAGAGGAUAAAUUAACACCACAAGAAAACAAAUAAAAUUAACUUGUCAUGAAAAAAAAACAGAGAAAA